UGCGAUCUCGAGGUCAACUCUCAUACACACCAUUGACAAAUGAUAUGACCCCUGCGCACUUUCAGACUGAGAAACAUAAAGAGAUGGAUUCUGUUUUAUUAUCAUCGUUAACCAGUCUCAACGCACAGCAGAAGUCUUCUCUGGAAAAGGGAGGAUACAAAAAUCUGUCAGACCUCUUACUCAGUAAUCCGAGUGACAUCUCGCGCACGACGCGCAUUGCCCCAUUAGAGGUCACCAGAAUUCUAGAGGUUGCAUAUCGAGAACGCGCAGCGCCCAUCAACAAAAUCAAAGACCUGCCGAUGGAAGGCGAAGAGAAGUUCACAACCGGAGAUGCUGAAUUAGAUAGUAUGUUGGGUGGUGGAAUUAGAACAGGAAUGCUCUGGGAGGUUGUAGGUGAAAGUGCUGCAGGCAAGACACAGUUAGCCCUACAACUCUCGCUGCUUGUUCAGCUCCCUCCUAGUUUAGGAGGUGUUCUAGGUUCCGCUUUCUAUCUAACGGUUGCGUCGCAACUGCAAACCACACGAAUGGAACAAAUCCUCAAUAACCAUCCACUCUUGUCGCCUCCACUGUGUUCUUUCGCAAAUAUACAACACGCAUCCGUUCCCACUAUCGAAAAACUCAUUUUUGUCCUAUCUAAAUCUUUGCCGCAAUAUAUAUCUGCAAAUGACCAAAACUCACCGUCAUCAAGACCUCUCAAACUGAUUGUUAUCGACGCUAUCGCGGAACUCUUCCAUACUUCCAAGAGAACUACCACACAGUUCUUAGUCGAGCGAUCCCGCAGAUUAUCUGAAAUAGGGAUGCUUUUGCAUUCGCUUGCCAGCAAGCAUCAAAUAGCUGUCCUAGUCCUGAAUGAGGUUAGCGAUACUAUCGACAGGGACACUGCUCCGUUGGACAGUGGGCAGAUCGGCUACAAAGAUCAGUUCCGAUGGUUCGGUCGUGCAGGCAGUAUCCUAGGGGAGGACAGGAAAGAAGCAACACUCGGUCUAGUCUGGUCGAAUCAGUUGAAUGUCAGAAUAUUUCUAUCGCGAACAGGUCGCCGACGAUACCUUGAAGAGAGCGAGCGCCCAACGAAACUCCAGAGGUCAAUCUCAGUGACGUCGUCUAAUGAUUCAGCCGGUAAUCAACAACCCGUGCUUAUCAGGCGCCUAACUGUGGUGUUCAGCUCGGUGUGCGAUCCUGCCUCCUGUGACUACGUGGUUACUGCGGAAGGCAUUUCAGUCAUCCCUGGUUCUGCUGUUCUGCUUACUGUUCGACAUGGGGUAAGCACAGCUGCACUUCUAGGGAGCGUCCAUGAUUCGGUGCCACCUCGUGGGGACUUGACUCGAAUGCCAAACGCUCAAUUAGCGUCAUUGGAUAUCGGCCAUGUUGUGGAUAGCACAGCCGUUGACAGUAGACAAUCCACUCCAGACAACGAGCCAGGGGAUGAUGAAUGGGACGCUUUCUGGGAGCGAAAUGAGUUACCGGAGUGUGUGUUUGAGGAAGUAGCGAAUUUGACUGAAUCCUCAUAAUACUUGACGUUGUCUGGAACGACCGAUCGUUUGUGCACAUGUGUUUUUUAUUAGGGCGUGCGACACAUACAUGUAAUAUUCCACCAUAAUCAUACAAAGCUAUCCCCAUCA